AUGAGUUUUUUGCGAAGAAUUAUUAAUCCAGCAUUUGUUACCCGUGUAUUUAAACAGGAAAUUAUUCAUAGACCAAUUCAUUGCUGUGUUUAUCAACAUGUAAACAUAACCUCAAAACUAGUGGAAUUGUAUUCUAACAAUACGAAUUAUACAAUAGUGCGUUGGAAAUCAAAAAAGAGACAAUACGAUUCAGACGACGAGGAAAUUGUACUAGAGGAUGAUUCGUCUCUCUCGAAAGAUUCAAAAGUAGUCAAAUUUUCUACCACUUCAAUGAGAACUGAUGUAGUAUUGAAAUCAGCACUUAGUAUAUCAAGAAAUAAAGUGGAACAAAUGUUUUAUGAAAGUAAAAUCAGAGUCAACGGAAAGAAAAUCUUAAAGAAAAGUGCUUCGGUAAAGCUGGGUGAUGAAGUAGAUGUCAUAAAGAUGGUGAGCCCUAAGAAUCCAGAUCACAUUUAUGUGUCCAGAGUAGAAAUCCUAGAUGUAACAGCUAAAGAAGAAAGCAUUCAAGUUACAGCAAGGAGGUUCAAACACUUACUCAUAGAUAACUAUGAAAAUGACCCUUUAAAAACUUCGGAAGAAGUUUAG